AAAACAUUUAAAUUGCAGUAGAUUUGUAAACGUGUUUUUUGUCCUCGCUGUCUUUGUGCUGCAGAAAGCCAUCGCUCCCGCCAGCUGUCUCGUUCUGCUCAACGAACAUCCUCUUCUGAAAUAUUCCACUUCCCGUUCUGUUGCCAAGCACCCUGUCGGUCUGGAAGUUGGUCCUCAGCCUCAAGGUGUUCUGAGGAGCAACAUCUUCGAAGCUAUGAGGGUGAUACUGAAACACGCGCUGGACUUCAUCGAGCUGUUCAACGAAGGUAUGUCAGGCACACCAGCACAGGCCUGGAAAAGUUCAUGAAAACUUCAUUUACGUUGAAAGUUUUGGAAAAGUCAUGGAGUUUUUGUUUCACGAACCUGUGGAAUAACACAUGAGGUGUUCAAGGACCUUCACAAAUGUGAACAUCUAAU